AUGGCGAGUCUGCUCGGCGCCGUGGCCAUGCUGGCCGUGUUGUCCGUGGGGUUGUGCGAGGAGAAGAACUUCCUGCAGAGAGCCGGUGUGGCCUUUACCAGCCGCCCGUACAGAUCUGUGCUGACUGUGACAAACGGAGAGCAGUUUGGAAACUGGACGUGGCCCGAGAUGUGUCCUGACCAGUUCUUUGCUGUUGGCUUCAGUGUCAGGGUGGAGUCCAACCAGUAUGGCGCCGACGACACGGCAAUGAACGGAAUCCGCCUCAUCUGCGGCAAAGACGUGAACCGGAGCUUCCUGUACUCUGUGGAGUCUCACACUGGCUACUUCGGUGACUGGUCCAGCCCUCAGUACUGCCCCAGUGGCGUGCUCAGCUCUUUCCAGCUCCGCGUGGAGACCCAUCGGGGCCUGUUCGGGGACGACACCGCCGUCAACAACAUCAAGUUCCGCUGCAGCAGCAACCCCACGCUGGAGGGCACCGGCACGGACUGGGGGGAGUACGGUCACUGGAGCCAGGAGUGUGGCCAGGGAGGAAUCUGCGGCAUCGAGACCAAGAUGGAGGAAUACCAGUCUGGCCUGGACGACUCCAGCCUCAACGAUGUGCGCUUCCAUUGCUGUGCCAGAGCCCAGCAGUGAUUGACAGAUGAGCAGCAUGGUCCGCCCCUCCUCCGUCACCCUGAAUUAAACAAUGACAAUUAAUAAAGUGUUCUUUUGAAUCGC